UAGGUAGCUGGGGGGGUUAGACUCAAGAUGACAACCUUGUCGUAACACAAGCAUCUUGAAUAACUUAUUUCCUUCAUUUUGGUCAAUUGCUCUCUUUGCGCUUCGCUGUUGGUUUUGGGGCUUUGCGCACUCGCUCGCCGAGGCAAACAAAUUGCAUACCAACCCUACCUCAAUCAAUGCUUCAUCUUCAGCAAAGCUGCUACCUAUCACACUCUGAUAGGACACCAUUAUGCCUGCAGAGGUAAUAGACUUGCUGUCGAGCUCGGAACCAUCAUCAUCACCCAAGGCCUUGAAAAAUCAAGCACAAAACAAAUGUGAUCAAUCAACACUGGCCAGCCGGUUGACCGGUUCAGAGUCUCACCCCGCACAGCCCUCCUCUGACCCAUCAUUAUCGAUUGUGGCAACGAAGCGCUCCAGUGAUGUACUGAAGAGAAGUCAAGAACUCUUAAUCUACUCGGAUGACUUUGACACCACGAUCGAUCUGUCAUACGAUGCCGGAACCGAAGACCACUCUGUCAAGAGAGUACGUGUCGCCGGCAGCAGUGAAGUUCUUGCGAGGUCGUCAACCUCUGUCACGGUUACUACAGGAACAGGAGCCAAUCAGGAACACACGUCACGGCAGAAAAGGGCAACUGCACUUGAUCCCAUUGAGUUCACAAGCUCUCCCGAUCCAGUCCCUGUUCGAAAUAAGGGCAAAGGCCGCGCCACUGUUCAGCCGGACGUCGACGAUCCGUUCGUCAGUUCUCCGCAGGUAGUCUACAGGAAGGAGAAUAUCAAACCCUCAGGAGCCCAUUCUAAAGAGAGUGCAGCACCACAUCCCUCAAGUUUCGAGGAUCCGUUCGCAAGUAGCAGCCCGCUCCAGUCCUUGAAAUACCCACCAGCUAGAGCAGCCCCAAAGCAACCGACAGCAUGGGAUCCUAUAUCUAGCUCCAUGCCCGAAGUCUCCCUCGGGCAUAGAGAAAGCCUUCUUAGCUCACCGGUACCCCUUCCGGCUACCCGUAAGCUAGACAAGGCACAAUCUGAAGUGAUCAGUCUCUUGGACUCGGACGGCGAUAGUUUCGCCUCCCUGAGGUCUGAUGAUUCCUUGCCCGAUGUAACAGACAUUGCGGCCAAGGUGAAAGCAGGCCUUGAUGCCAGGUAUCCUUCUUUGAGCAAAGAUGGUCGCGCACUUGUGAGACAAACUUCAAAAUCGCCACCGCCCCGGAAAAGACCUGCUGCAGCCAGGUCAAAGUCAGGCCGUAACACGGCUGCGAACUCUGUCACUGUUGGCCGCGGGGCUACUGCAGCUGAAAAGACACUCGAAAAGCAAGAAAAAGCCGCUGCACGCAAGGCAGAGUCGGAGCGGAAGAGGUUAGAGGUGGAGCAGGCAAGAAUAGGAAAGAAACUCGAGAAGGAGCGCGCAAAGGCGCUCGCAGAGGUCAACAAGAUCCGGACGGAUAAGAAACAAUCCACGCCCGAGAUGAUCGUUGAUCUUCCCAGUGGCUUGAACCCUAGGAUUAAACUACAGGUAGAGACCCUGCUUAAGGAUCUCCAGGUCAAUACCUUAACUUGCAGCAGCCCCGUCGGUAACGUCGUCCGGUGGCGCAGGAAGGUUACGGCUGUGUAUAACGAUGAGGCGGAGCGGUGGGAACCUGUUCCCCUGCGUCUAGAAAAGGAAGAGCAUGUCAUGGUGCUGAUGCCUGCCGCCGAGUUCGUGGAGCUCGCGCGAGGUGAUGCCGGUGGCCAGGCCCCUGACCCAGAUGAAGAUGUCGAUAAUGAGUACAUAGCAACCCCAACUCUUGAAGAUCAUGUCGGCCGAAUGCAGACUCACUUUCCAGGCUCGAAGCUUAUAUACCUGGUUGAGGGCAUGACGAAGUGGAUGAGGAGCAACCGCACGAUUCAAAACCGACAGUUCGCUGCUGGCGUCCGCAGUCUUGCAGCCCAGGCCCCUGCACAGUCUGCCUCGGCCGAAGGCUCCCAGGGAUCGCAACGGCGGAGGAAACCGGCUAAACAAAAGAAGACCUCAGUAUACGUGGAGGAGGGCAUUAUAGAGGAUGCAUUGAUGCGGCUUCCAGUCAUACAUGGCGCCCUCAUUCAUCACGUUGACACUGAGCUGGAGACUGCCCAGUGGAUAUCCGUUUUCACGCAGCACAUAUCGACGAUCCCGUACCGUCGCAGCCGGGACGCGACCAAUGACCGUGCGGCCUUUUGCAUGGACACCGGCCAAGUGCGCACGGGUGACGACGCGGGGGAUGCUUAUGUGCGAAUGCUGCAGCAGAUGACGCGCGUGACGCCCGCCAUCGCGUACGGUAUCGCUGCUGAAUAUCCCACCGUUUCUCAGCUCGUUGGUGGCUUCGAAUCUCGAGGGCCGCUAAUGCUCGAGGGGUGCCGCAAGAGUACCAACAAGGACGGCGCCUUUUCUGAUCGGACUAUCGGGCAGGCCCUCAGUCGGAGGCUAUUCAAGGUCUUUACUGGGAGGGAUGAGGCAAGUACGGAUGUGUGAUGGGAGGUGAAGUUUGGGCAUGGAUGCCGCUCUACUUUUAUGAUGAUGCAAUCUUUUUUGAUGCCUUAUGCGAUGUGAUUAUGUCAGUCUUGGGAGAAAAUGAAUGAAUGUAUAAAUGCG